AUGGCGGACUUGGUGGUGAAAAAUGCCAAGAUAUACACCAGUGACGAGUCUCUCCCUUUCGCCGAUUCCAUGGCCGUCCGCAGAGGAAGGGUUCUGCGAGUGGGCAACUACUCCUCUAUUAAGGAUAUGGUUGGAGAUGGGACCAAGGAGUUAGAUCUUAUGGGAAAAAUUGUUGUACCUGGAUUUAUUGAUUCCCACGUGCAUCUGAUUUCUGGUGGACUCCAGAUGGCGCGUGUGGAACUACGAGGCGUAAGUCAAAAAGAUGAAUUUGUGAGGCGGGUCAAAGAAGCAGUGAGAAAUACAAAUCAAGGUUCCUGGAUUUUGGGUGGUGGAUGGAACAAUGAUCUUUGGGGAGGGGAAUUGCCAAUGGCCUCUUGGGUUGACGACAUCACACCUUACAAUCCUGUUUGGCUGUCGAGGAUGGAUGGCCAUAUGGGCUUGGCUAAUUCAGUUGCACUCAAGUUGGCUGGGAUUACAACUUCAUCAGAAGAUCCAAAUGGUGGAACAAUUGUGAGAUUCACCAGCGGAGAACCAACUGGAUUGCUGAUUGAUUCUGCAAUGAGACUUCUCCUUCUAUCCAUUCCGGAGGUGUCAGUAGAGGAGCGGAGGGAAGCUUUGAGUAGAGCCAGCAAUCAUGCCUUGAUGAGGGGUGUGACAACAGUUGUUGAUGUUGGUAGAUACUUUCCUGGGGGCAUCGAUGUUUAUAAAUGGGCUGAUUCUUCAGGGAAGAUGAUGAUUAGGGUCUGCUUAUUUUUUCCAUUGGAGACUUGGUUACAGUUACAUAAUCUUAUUACCAAAGUUGGCCGUACCAUGAGCCAAUGGAUUUACUUGGGUGGUGUUAAAGCUUUUGCUGAUGGGUCGUUGGGUUCUAAUAGUGCACUGUUUUAUGAGCCAUAUUCUGAUGAGCCUCAUAAUUAUGGCUUACAAGUGAUAGAUAAUGAAAGUCUCCUCAACCUGACCUUGGCUUCAGAUAGAGUUGGGCUUCAGGUUGCUAUUCAUGCUAUAGGUGAUAGAGCAAAUGACUUGAUCCUUGACAUGUAUGAGUCAGUGUUUUCUACAAAUGGAGUGAGGGAUCGAAGAUUCAGGAUUGAGCAUGCCCAGCAUCUGGCACCUGAGACACCAGCCCGAUUUGGUAAACUAGGGAUUGUUGCUUCAGUACAGCCAGAGCACCUAUUAGAUGAUGCUGAGUCUGCAACAAAAAAACUUGGGAUAGAUAGGGCUCAGAAGGGAUCUUAUUUGUUCCGGUCUCUCUUGGCUAGCAAUGGACAAUUGGCAUUUGGUUCUGACUGGCCUGUGGCGGAUAUUAAUCCAUUAGGUGGAAUUAAGACAGCAAUGAAAAGGAUACCCCCUGGUUGGGAUAUUGCUUGGAUUCCCUCAGAGACCCUUUCAUUGAAUGACACAUUGAAGGCGUACACUCUUUCAGCUGCUCGUGCAUGCUUUCUUGACAGCGACUUGGGGUCCCUGUCGCCAGGGAAACUAGCAGAUUUUGUCAUACUGUCCAGGGACUCAUGGGAUGAUGUCGUGGUUGAAGGAUCUGCAUCCAUUGAAGCUACAUAUGUUGGUGGUGUACAGGCCUAUCCCUGA